CCUAAGACUGAAUCACAACUCAAUUAUUUGAGAGAAUUAGAGGAAAAUGUGUUAGAACUUGACUUCUGGAGGGGUCCCUCUUAUGUGGACAGACCCGUCGAUGUUAUGGUUCCGCCGCAACUCAAUCAUACAUUUGAUAAGAUUUUUGAAGACAAACUAUUGGAGAGAAAUGUUAUGAUAGAAGAUCUAGAAAAUGAUUUUAUUGAAGACAAGGCGGACAACCCUGCGUUGAGAGCAAAGCCAUUGCGAGCAGAUAUAGUCGAAAGACAUUUUGAUGACUUCCAGAGACUCCCAAAAAUUCAUUCAUAUUUAGACGCCGUUGUAUCUAAAUAUCCGACCGUGUCUUCUGUUAUAUCUAUCGGUAACUCAUAUGAGGGCCGACCCCUCAAAGUGAUUCGUAUUGGCGAAGGCAAUGAAAACCAAAACAAACCAAUCAUUUUCAUUGAAUCGGGAAUCCAUGCGCGCGAAUGGAUAUCUCCGGCCACUACUCAAUGUUUUGGUCAAUACCUCGUUCAGGGAUAUAAAGCCCGAAAUGCGGACAUCACUGCUUUGCUCCAGAAAUUUGAUUUCUAUAUUCUUCCAGUUCUUAAUCCUGACGGGUAUGAAUACACGCACACCAGGGACAGGAUGUGGAGAAAGACUCGUAAGCCAUACGGCAGCUGUUAUGGCUCGGAGACAUAUAGAGGUCCAUCCGCUUUCUCAGAACCCGAAACUAAAGCCGUUUCCGAUUAUGUCAUGAGAAUCAGAGACAAAAUAAAGGCAUAUUUAGCUGUUCAUUCAUAUGGACAGUAUUGGAUAUAUCCCUGGGGAUGGACUAAUACCUUGACUGCUGAUGAUAAAAAUUUGGCCCGAUUGGCAAAAGUAGCUUCAAAUGCAUUGGCCUCUGUUUACGGCACUAAAUACACGACCGGCACCUCCACUAAUGUUCUCUAUGCGGCCGCUGGAGGAGCAGAUGACUGGGCGUACGGGACGGGUGGCAUAAAGUAUGCCUAUACUGUGGAACUCAGAGACAAAGGGAGCUAUGGUUUCGCUCUCCCGAAGUCUCAGAUCAGACCGACCUGUGAAGAGACUACCGUUGCCUUCAUUGCAUUCGCUAAGGAAUUGGCGAAAGAAGUC